AUUCGGAUAUUUUCUCCGCCCCCCCUUCCCUCUCUCUCUCUGUGAAAGUAUCUUCCUGAGUUUUCGUUAGGGUUAGGGUUUACUUUUCAAUUUCCUCGUCGUCUGUUUAAUUGCAGGUUUGUACGUGGAUUUGGUACCUGUAUAUUGUUUGUUUGGAUUCGUGAGAGAUCUGAGUGAACAAGGAUAGAGAUCGGCGAGAGAUUUCUGCAAUGGGUGUCCCGGCGUUCUACCGGUGGCUGGCGGAGAAGUAUCCGAUGGUGGUGGUGGAUGUAAUCGAGGAAGAACCUGUGGUCAUUGAAGGUGUCAAAAUUCCGGUCGACACCAGCAAGCCGAACCCUAACAACCUCGAAUUCGACAACCUGUAUCUGGACAUGAACGGGAUUAUACACCCCUGUUUUCAUCCUGAAGACCGGCCAUCUCCUACCACUUUUGAUGAGGUGUUUCAGUGCAUAUUUGACUACAUAGAUAGACUUUUCGUGAUGGUGCGGCCCCGAAAGCUACUAUAUAUGGCUAUUGAUGGUGUUGCCCCAAGAGCAAAAAUGAAUCAACAACGAUCUAGGCGUUUUAGAGCUGCUAAAGAUGCAGCAGAUGCGGCAGCUGAAGAAGAAAGGUUGCGCCAGGAGUUUGAGAGGGAAGGCAGAAAUCUUCCCCAAAAGGAGGAAUCACAACUUGUUGAUUCUAAUGUUAUCACUCCUGGAACUGAAUUUAUGGAUGUUUUGUCAAUAGCUUUGCAGUACUAUAUCCAUCUUAGACUUAACAAUGAUCCUGGAUGGAAAUCCGUUAAGGUUAUCCUUUCUGAUGCAAAUGUUCCUGGUGAAGGGGAACACAAAGUUAUGUCAUACAUUCGACUUCAAAGGAAUCUUCCUGGCUAUGACCCGAAUACACGCCAUUGCUUGUAUGGUCUGGAUGCAGAUCUAAUCAUGUUGGCUUUAGCUACACAUGAAGUUCACUUCUCAAUACUUAGGGAGGUGGUGUUCACUCCUGGACAAGACAAGUGUUUCAUAUGUGGUCAAGUGGGCCAUUUAGCAGCAGAUUGUGAAGGAAAGGCAAAGAGAAAAGCAGGAGAAUUUGAUGAGAAAGGUGAUGCUGUUAUUGUGCCAAAAAAGCCUUACCAGUUUCUCAACAUUUGGACUCUUAGAGAGUAUUUGGAAUAUGAAAUGAGGAUUCCUAAUGUUCCUUUCGAGAUUGAUUUUGAGUGUAUUGUUGACGAUUUCAUCUUUAUGUGUUUCUUUGUCGGCAAUGACUUUUUACCCCAUAUGCCCACCCUGGAGAUUCGUGAGGGCGCAAUCAACUUGCUUUUGGCUGUAUAUAAGAAAGAAUUUAGUGCAUUGGGUGGCUAUUUGACUGAUGCAAGCAAGCCUAAUCUGAGUAGGGUGGAGCACUUCAUUCAGGCUGUGGGUUCAUACGAGGACAAAAUAUUCCAGAAAAGAGCUCGGUUGCAUCAGAGGCAAGCAGAUAGAAUCAAGCGGGAAAAAACGCAAGCAAAAAGAGGAGAUGAUAUAGAACCUCAAGUUAAACCUGAUUUUGUUGUCCCUGUUGCUCGGUAUCAUGGCUCUCGUCUUGCGGCAGGUCCUUCACCUUCGCCAUUUCAGCAGACUGAACUACAUAAUGGUCUAAGAUCACAGAAAAUUGCACGUAUGUCUUCUGGGUCCACUUUGGGUGCUGCUAUUGUAGAAGCAGAGAAUAGUCUUGAAAUUGAGGCACGUGAAAAUAAAGAAGACUUGAAAACAAAACUGAAGGAGUUGCUUCGAGAGAGGUCUGACGUUUUCAACUCUGAAAAUCCCGAGGAAGACAAGGUCAAAUUAGGGGAGCGAGGAUGGAAAGAUAGAUAUUAUGAAGAAAAGUUUCGUGUCAAAAGUCCCGAGGAACUUGAGAUGAUACGGAAAGAUGUUGUUUUGAGGUACACAGAAGGCCUAUGUUGGGUUAUGCACUACUAUUAUGAAGGGGUUUGUUCCUGGCAAUGGUUUUAUCCUUAUCACUAUGCGCCAUUUGCUUCUGAUCUUAAAGAUCUGGGCCAGUUGGACAUAAGCUUUCAGUUGGGUUCUCCAUUCAAACCAUUCAAUCAGCUAUUGGGGGUUUUCCCAGCUGCGAGCUCUCAUGCACUUCCUGAGCAUUAUAGAAGACUGAUGACCGAUCCAAAUUCACCUAUCAUAGAUUUUUAUCCAACUGAUUUUGAGGUGGACAUGAAUGGAAAGCGGUUUGCUUGGCAGGGUGUGGCCAAGUUGCCUUUCAUAGAUGAAGCUCGUCUUCUUGCAGAGGUUGCAAAAAUUGAACAUACUUUAACGGAGGAACAAGCUCGAAGAAAUAGCGUGAUGUUUGACAUGCUUUUUGUGGCAAUGUCUCACCCUCUAUCUCCCUAUAUAUUUUCUCUUGAUGCUAGGUGUAAGCAGUUAACAGGUAUUGAACGCACUGAAGUCAAAGAGCAACUUGAUCCUAGGGCCAGUGGUGGGAUGAAUGGUUAUAUAUCCCUUUGUGCUGGAGAUCCUUGCCCGCCAGUUUUCAGGUCACCAGUUGCAGGAUUGGAUGAUAUUAUGGACAACCAAGUCAUAUGUGCUAUAUACAGACUUCCAGAUCCUCACAAACAUGUCACUCGACCACCAAUAGGAGUUAUAUUACCAAAGAAGUCUGUCACGCUUGGGGAUCUGAAGCCUGAUCCUCCUUUGUGGCAUGAGGAUUCUGGAAGGAAGCCAUGGGAAAGGCGCGAGGAUUCUUCUAGGAGGCAAUGGGAAAACGGAAGGCAUGACACCUCGGGAUCCAUUUCUGGUCGGCAGCUUGGCGAGGCUGCACAUCGACUUGUUAUCAAUAGUUUGCAUGCAAGGACAGAUCAAAAGAGUUUUUCCGAGCAGAUGCACAUACCUCCCCCUUCCUAUGGUGUUGCAUAUCGCCAUCCCUCUGGGCAAAGUAAUAGAUACAACGAGCAGGACCGCAACGGGAUGGCAUCGCUAUCAAGAACAGGCUAUCCUGCUCAAACUAGCCAACGUCACCACCAGCCAUCAAAUCCAGUUGCUGUUCAAAACCAAUACGACCACAGUUACCACCAAGCAUAUUCUUCAUAUGCUGGCCGUGAUUCAUACAGUAGGUCAGAUCCUAGGCUCGAGCAGGAUCCCUACAAUAGACCCCAUUCUCGGCAAGACAGGAAUGACCAAUAUGCUGCCCGUAAUAGGGACUACACCACUCAUGGUUACUACCAACCUGAAUUCCAACAAAAUGGCGGAAACAGGUACGCAGCCCACGGCCCCCCUCGUCACACGGUUCAAACUCCUCCCAUUCCCGGAGGGGGUGCCCAUUUUCAGCAACAGGAUGGAUACAACAACUAUGGGAGCUACCAACCUUAUGGGUCUACCGGUUAUUACAAUCAUAAUGCAGGAGGCUACACUCCUCAGGUAAGUAGUAACCAGGGUGUUGGGAGAGGGUAUGGCCGUCCCCAACAGUUUGGCAAUCAAUUUUCAGCAUUAGAUAGGGGCGCAGGUAGGAAUCCGCCACCGCCAUCACGCUCGUAUGGUCGGUAGGAGCAGAGCACUGUAUCCUCGUCUGCUGCCGCCACCACCGCUGGGGAUUGAUUCCCACCAGAGGUAGAGUGUACAUUAACAUAUGUUUUCCUCAUAUAAUUCAGCAUAAUUCUUUAGCCAGUAGUUUGAUUGUAGGCUGUCGUCACCUGAUUUGGCUAUAUGUAGUUGUUGACUACGCCCUGGCCAAGAAAAGAAGGAAAUGGUUGUACUCUCUUCCCAUUCUAUAUUUCAAGGCAACAACACAGGAAACAUGGACAAUAAGUUACCAUUCUCUAUUUUUUUUCCUUAUUUCAUUUCUUUUGAAGAUUUCUGAUUUGGGGCAGUGUUAUUGUAUAAUAUUAUUAACCUUUUAGAGAAAUUAUGUCCAAUUUGGAUUUUGUGUACUUAAAAAGAGUCGAAUUAAAGCUUUCGAUUAUUGUGGUACCCAAUUUUAGUCGAAAUUUGAUCUUCCUUAUGUUUUAUGUUUUGAGUUAGGGUGUAGGCCAAUUUUGACUUUGCUUGAAGGGUGCUUAUAAUCUCUAGAACAUUAUGUAAUUUGGUUGAUUAUAUAAUUUGACUCUCCGUUUUAUGUUUUCGA